UGCUCUGGACUUCUCUGGCUCCCCCAAAUGCUGGGGACCAGCAUUUGGGACCAGCUACCCCUGGGCUGAAGGAAACGAGUGAGGAACCACCCGGGAAGAACACUUCAGGACUGAAGGCUUGAAAAGGCCUUGGGUCCUAUCACCUACUGAGAGCCUGGGUUUCCGCCCAGCCCUGGGACAAGAGGUAUGGACCAGGCCGCAGUAAAAAUGCCCGCCGCCUGAGCUUCAGACCAUGUAUUCGUACAGCUGCCUGGCAUCCAAGGAGGGCGUCUGGCCUCCGCUGCAGCCCCUCACCUACACCUACCUGCCCAGCCCUCUGCUGCUGCCCCCCAUCCACGCCCAUAGGUUCUACAGCCGGCCCCCAAGCCUGAGCGCAGGCGAGUGGCCGGCUCCGCGGGAAUACCACUGCUUCCACGGCCCAGGCGCGCCCCUGGCGGCUGCGCUGCCCUCGUGGGCCUUCCAGCAGGCCUACGCCGCGGCCCUGCUCCCGCCUUUCCCGGCGCCCGGCUACCUGGGGGCAUCUCUACAAGGGCCCGCAGGGGAGGAGACGGCGGCUGCCCAGCGCUGGGCGCAGUGGCCCGAAGGGGGCUGCCUGCAGGCCGAACUGCGUUGGGGCCGCGUGGAACGCGCACUGGGCCCGCGCCUAGAGUUGCCGGAUGUGGUGCGCCGGGAACUCCGGCGCGUGUACGGCACGUACCCGCGCACCGACGUGCGCGUCACCUACCGCGGCGGCCAGUUCCUGCUUCAGGCCACGCCGCGCGUCCCCGAGCCCGAGUACCGUGUGCAGAGGCGCGUGCUGCAGCCGCCCGCCAGCAGCGACAGCGCUGACAGCAGCCCGGCCGCGGAAGUGGCAGAGCGUGGACGCGGGAGGAAGAGGAAAGGCCGGAGCUGAGGACGCCGCGGGGCUCGGCGGCU